AUGUCCGCCAAUUCUUCUCCUCGUCACGAAGAACCUGAACCACAAAGCGUCGGAAGCUUCGUGGAGCCUGCUUCAGUUGAUUGUGAGAUUCUUUUCUCAAAUAGUGAAUAUCUGGUUUCAAUUCAGCGUAUGCCACCGGCGAUGUAGCAAGUUUGCGUCGUAUGCCAAGUGAUCGAGGGCUCGGAGGUGGUGGCGAAUCGCCGACUUCCAGUGAGUUCUUUUCUCUUCAAGCUAUCUGAUUUCGAAAUUUUUUUGAUGAGAUUAUUUUUGCAGUGGCGUCAGGUCUGCACUAUGACUCGGAGAUCGGCUCCUCGCAAAUGUCAAGUCUUUCGACGGCGCAGUCACGUCGGGGCGGCGCUCGUGGAGAUCUUGGCGUUGCUCCAGCCGACCACAGGUUCUGUUCACAGCAGUCAUUUUGAACAUCUAUAACUUUCAGGACUGUUCGUGUCGAAGGAAUGCCGGAUGAGAUGGCGGCGGACGACGGCCAACCGCGUCUCUACAUUUGGGGAACGCGGAUUUGCGUCGCAGAUGUCCAAAGGUGUUGUGAAUUCUCAAUUCAAGAUAACGGAGGCCCAAUAUUUCAGCUCUUUCCGCAAGUUUAUCACGACUUUCAAGAUUGACGAGCUGGAAGAAGACGAGAAUAUGCUCAAUUAUAACGACAAGGUAACAUAUUUUUUCUGAGUUUUUGUUCAGAACUUUCGAAGAUAAAGAGAAUUUAUCUUGACCCUGCAAAAUAUUUCCUUCUGGAUAUUUUAAAGGUAGUAUUUUAGCACCGCCCCGUGGACACCAACCAGCCGUACUACAUGGAGCGGCUCUACGAGUGCGAUGUCGCCGAAAUUUCCUUCGUAAACUUAAAUUUGGCCCAUGUCCAAUCUUUCAGCGACGCCUUGUAUCGUAAAAUCAUCGCCUAUCCCGCGGUAUCAUUUCCGUUAUUGGAAUGACCAAAAUACAUUUUUGAGGAUGUGAUUCCCUAUUUGGACAUGACGCUCAAUGAGAUUUACACGGAAAGAUUCCAUCGUGCCCUCCCUUUGCCCAUCGAACUGCGCCCGUUCAACGCCGAGAAGACGCGGAACAUGCGCGGCCUCAAUCCUAAUGGUAAAAAUGGCUUCUUUUUUUUUGGAAAAGCAAAGUUCAGCUUAGCUUGAAGAACAAUUCGAAGAAAUAAGUUUUAAUUUUAAAAACACGAAUUUUCCAAUUUUAGAUGCUGAUAGCUACAACUAAGAGUUUUACGAUGCACAAGAUUUUAGUUUUUAAUCAGCUUCCCAAAAUUGGAGAGGAAAUAUUUAUUUUGAAGACGUCGACCAGCUGAUCACCAUCUCGGGAAUGGUCACGCGGACGUCUUCUCUGAUUCCCGAAAUGCGCGCGGGAUUCUUCCAAUGCUCCGUGUGCAACUUCAGCGUCGAGAGCGAAGUCGACCGUGGAAGGUUUUUCUUCGAAGUCUAACUCUACAAAAACGAAAAAAACAUGAAGAUCACUAUCUUCAAACUUGUUUUCUGCAUAAUUUUUUCAUGAGUAUCAUUCUUUAUCUUUCUGAAGUCGUUUCAUUUAUCCAUAAUUGGCUAUCGCGUUGAGAACAACGUAGACAUCUGGAAGCCUAUCCAGAGUAUUUUCCGAAAAAGAGCGCAAUAAUAAAAAAAAAGCAGAAUCUUUCGAACUCGAAAAAGAACAGAAAAAGUCCAGAAAAGUUUUAAUUUCUUCGCAAAAAGCUUAGGAGAGAAAGAUAUUAACCGCUCUACAGCUUUAUACAUAAACUGGAGAGAGAUUAAGAAGAAGUUUUUGAGCACGUCGUUUAUUAUAAAAUAAUCGCUGUAGAAGGCAAAAGUAAAGCUGAGAGCAAAUCAUUUGUGAAAUCAGCAUGAAAAUUUACUUCUAAUGCUUCGACUCCCAUCGAAAAUUCCCCCUGUGAAGUAAAUUUUCCUGACCAAAAAAAAAAAUGAAACAUUCACAAAAUGACCAACUUUGGGUAUGAAAAUCGAGACAAUGCAUCUUAUCGUAUGCAGAAUCGAAGAGCCGGCCGUGUGUACCAACUGCUCGAACACGCAUUGUUUCCAGCUGGUGCACAACCGUUCGAUUUUCCUCGACAAGCAGGUCAUCAAGCUGCAGGAGUCGCCCGGUACAUUUCUCCUGGACUGCUCUCCAAGUUUCCAUCUUUCCAGACGAUAUGCCGUCCGGAGAGACGCCCCACACGGUCUCGAUCUUCGCCCACGGACAACUCGUCGAGUCUGUCCAGCCCGGCGAUCGGAUCACUGUCACCGGUAUCUUCAGAGCCAGCGGAGUCAAGGUGAAUCCCUUAUUUGGGAUAUGAUGAGGAUCUAGUUAGCUCCUUGUUAAUAAUCCGAAAAGCUUUUCUAUUAUUCAUCAAGAAUUUUGCAGAUUCAUAUACAAAACUUCUCGAAGAAGCUUCAUUUUUGAUAGUUUUUGUUUCUGAUGAACACAGGGUGUAUGUAAGAGGAAUGAGAGGAAAAAAACGGCUUCUAUCUGUUUUUUUUUUAAUAGAGAAAUUGCCUCAAACUUGCUCUGAAUGGAUUAAAGUUAAAGUAUUGAUUCAAUUAGGCUUCAUAGGGAGGUCCGCGUCCACGAGAAAAUGAACAUCACAAUACGGCCUAAAUUAUUUUCAGAGUUAUCAGAAUAUAAAAAUAAUUAGGGUUUUUUGAAGUAAAUAUUGAGCUCUUUCUGUUGAAGUUAGCCUUUAACUUUUCGAUUUUUUCUGUACUUAUGCACUUACAAGAAAGGACCUUCAAUUUCGCAGUUCAGAAAUUUUUGAAAAUUGACUUUAUAACACUCCUAGAUGUACCAGAUCAAUAACCAACCUGCAAAACUUUCUAGUUUUUGAGAAAAGACACUAAGAAUUCAAUGACACUUUUCAAAAUCCGUUAAAAUAAGCAAAUUUGGGGCUUUGAGACCUCAUUUCUAGAAAACUAGAAAGAUGUGCAUGUUGAGACUUUCAAAAUCUUUUUUUGGUACUUGGAAGACUGUUAUGGUCACUUUUCAAAUAAUUUCCAACCGAAAAGAAAAGUGACCUUGUUAGCUUUUCCUCGAUUGCUCAUCAUUAAAGACAAGAAAUUGAAUUACAAAUAUCAGACGAGUUUGAAUCUUUUCGGUCUUUAGAUGAACCCGAAACAGCGCGCUUUGGCCUCGAUCUACAGAACCAGCAUCGACGCUCUUCAUUUUCGUAAAAUUGACACUUCUCGGUUACAUCAGGAUAAUGGGUUAAGGUCAUUUUCUCUGAAAUCUUAAUGAAGUUCAUUUUUAGUGAAUCUCUGACCGAAGAAAGAAUUCAACAGAUUGUCAACCUUUCCAAGAGACCUGAUCUGAUGGAGGCGUUGAGCCAAGCUAUCGGUACUCUUUCUCAGAGAAAGAAAGAAAAAAUAAACUUUUUUUCCCCCAGCUCCUUCGAUUUUCGAACACGACGAUAUCAAACGCGGUCUUCUGUGUCUUUUGUUCGGCGGAACUCGAAAGGACGACGAGACGAAUAACAAGACGAAACUUCGAUCUGAGGUAAAAACAAAAUAUGAGUGGUUCUUUAUAUAAAAAAAGAGGUUUUUUUAAAACAUUUCGGCUCAUAUUUGAAAUUCCCGCCAAGGAGAAGAGUAUGCGAGUUGGCGCCACAGUGAACUUCAUUUUGGGAAUUUUCAAUGACUUUUGCUACGAAAAUAUUUUAAAAUUUUUUUUCUCUCACUUUCUUGUUUGUAAUAGACAUUUAAGAAAGGUAACUUUUUGUUUGAUUAUAAAGAAAAAUAUUUUCUGUGUUCUGUUUUGGAUCAAAAUGAAUUUCAAUUUUUGGCUAUCUGUUAAUUUUCUAUUUUCGAAGAUCUUGCAAAUUUUUUUGAUUCGUUCAAGUUGUUUUCGGUAUUCUCAGUUCAUGGAAAUGAAUUCAGAUCAAUAUCCUUUUGUGCGGCGACCCGGGUACCGCCAAAUCUCAACUCCUCCAAUAUGUCUACCGGUUGAUCCCUCGCAGUCAAUAUACCAGUGGAAAGGUGAUUUUUUAAUUUUCGGAUUCAGGAAUUGAAGUAGAAAGUUAGUAGUUUGUGUUUCUAAGUCCUUUUCAGUAGGCAGAAAUUUAGAAUUCGAAUAAUGAAUUUUCAAAAUUUUUGUACUAUUUCGUAAUACUUUCCUAGUUUUAAGAACGACAAAUAACUUGUGUUUGGCAGGUUGAUAAGAGUAAUAAUUUUUUUCUUUUUUUCAAAAAAACAAUCAGUAAUUCAAGUUUUAUGAAAAUUUUUGAAAUCUCGAAGAGGAAACGAAAAUAGCUCAAAAUGAGUUUUUUUAAGUUCACUUUUUCCUGAACUGAACCUUUCGAGAAAUUUCCUCCUAGAACGAUUUCUUUCGAAAAAAAAAUAUUUUUGACUUAUAGAAUAUUAUAUCAACGUUUACUGCCUUUUUUUAAAAAAUUUUCUCACAACUCCAUUUUUUUUCAUAAAGCUUCUGUGAAGGAAAGCUCAUUCCCGCGGUUAAUUGGCGAUAUUUGUCAGCACUUCCGUGAUUAUGUAAUCAAAAGUGUAACGCAGAGGUUUACUGUGUUGUAGACAAAAAAAGUAUAAGGAAUGUACUUUUCCUACGUCUGCGCCGCUGGGAAUUCGUGCACACCCACGGGUUCUGACUACGAUUUCUUCUUCUUCUGGGAUAUCUUUAGAUUUUAUCUUUUCGCAAUAUGACUUUUGCAGACUUUUUCGACCCUUUUUAUAAAGAUAAAGAAAAAGUUCAUAGGCAACAUGAAAGUGAAAAAGAUGAGGAUUUUUGUUCGGACUUCAAAGUUUUGAGAUAUGAGAAAAGUUUCCAAAUAUCAGGAUAAUAAAGAAAAAAUGUUUCAAUCGAACUCCAUAACUUCAAAAAAAGGUUAUCUGAACAUUUGGUUCUAUCAUAUAAAUUUAUAUUUAAACAUUGUUCGAAAUUGAUCAGUCAAUAAUAACAAUCAACGCAGAGAUUUUUUUACGGUUUUUAAAAAAUGUAGACUUCUGGUUUUUACAACAUAGUUACUUCUAUUCAGAACUUUUCCCAUUGUAAAAUCAUUGACACGUUUCAAUUUUUGGCCUUUUAUCUACUAUACAGCACAUUAUACGCGAAUCAAACUUUGACUCUUGUUUGCGAAAAAUUAUGAUUUGAUUAAUUUGCGGUUUCUAACGCAACCGUAGUUCUUCAUGUCCAAUUACCCAUUAGGACUCGAGAAAAAGGGGCGUGGCGUUGAUUUAGCCACGCCCAUUUUCUUUUUUUUUGUUUCCAACAUGAAAGUUGCGGUCUCUUGCAACUGAUAUCGUUGGCAGGGGUCGUCGGCGGUCGGCCUGACGGCGUCCGUGUCGCGGGACGCCGACACGCGCCAGCUCGUCCUCCAGACGGGAGCCCUCGUCUUGGCCGACAACGGCGUCUGCUGCAUCGACGAGUUCGACAAGAUGAACGACAGCGCCCGGAGUGUCCUUCACGAGGUACGGUUUGGUUUUUUUCGAAGAACUUUCAGAGGUAGUUGAGUUUAUAUCGCACCAUUGACUUUUUUCCCUUUUUCGGAGUUGUAACACUGUCAAAGCGACAUAUGACUAUCAAAGGUUCCUGAUACUUUCGAGGAAAUCUCUGAAUAUCUUAGAAUCAAAUCAGAGUUGAAGAGCGUUUACGAGGCGUUCUCAGACACGUGUAGAACGGAAACAAAAAAUAACUACCUCAAAAAGGAUAGCGUUAGACUUUGCGCUCCCAGAAAUUUGGGGACUUUCAGCGAGUUAAUAAUAAUAAUCUACUCAGUGAAAAGAAUAAAUAAGGUUAAAAACGGACUGUAAGUCACGACAAAAAUUAAUUUUAGUUUUUUUUCAUCACUUUUUCAAAAAAAGUUGAGCAUAACAGAACAAGGAACAGAACACGGAAACCGUUUUUUUAUUCCCUUUUUUUGGAGAUUUUUUUAAAAAUUUCUUUCAUGAAUUUUUUUCCUUUUUUUCUUCUUUUCCAACUAGAUUCAAUUGAGCCGGAGCCACUCAUAUCCAUUGGUUUUGAGGUGAUGGAACAGCAGACGCUGUCGAUCGCCAAGGCGGGCAUCAUCUGUCAGUUGAACGCGCGGACGUCGAUUCUCGCCGCGGCGAAUCCCGUCGACUCCAAGUGGAAUCGCGCCAAAACCAUCGUCGAGAACAUCCAACUGCCCCACACUCUCAUGUCUAGGUACGAAACAAAAGAGAAGAAAAAUAGGAAAUUUUUAAAAAUGCUUCAGAAUUUAGUUCUUUUGGUAUUUGUAUACUGAUAAGAGAUUUUGAACAUAUAUAGCUUUAUGUGUUUUUUAACCACUUUUUUGGUUCAUUUUCUCAUAGCCCUAAUUGAAGAUAUAGUACUAUUUUACAGUGUAAAAGUUGGAAAAAGUUUGAUUUUUCAGACUAAUAGAGUUAUUUUUGAGUUCUUGCUGCUUACGAAGAACCUUACAGGGAAGUUGAUAUCAUAUUUUGUGAGACGAUUCCUGUAUAUCACCCAAAAUAUUCUUUGAAGUAACAGAUAAAAAUCCGGAACGUGUCAAUCCGCAAUAGAUUUUCGAAUAAUGAAAUCAUCGAAAUCUGUUAAAUGAGCCAUGAUUAGACUUUGAGCGCGGAUUUCUUAAAAACUGAGAACUUUCCCAGGUUGAAGCUUCCAAGAACUGCACCUGAGACAUCAAGAAGUUUUGCGGCCAAUUUCCAGAAAGAGAAAAGUAAAAUUACAUUUUUCUCAAGAGCAAACCCGGAAUUCAAGUGCAAACCCCCAAAAAAUGGCUCGCUAAUUAGAGAGCCGUGAAAUGCUUCCUCCUUUUGGAAUCUCAUUGGGACGCGGAAACGGCGCAGAAGAAAAAAAGCCGCGAAAUACAAGAAAAAGAGUGUGCGACGGCUGGCUGCAGGUGCAGAUAUCCGCUCGGCCUCCAUCUUUAAUUCACGGCCGUCUCCAUCUCUCCUUUUUCUGUUACUUUGAGAAACUGACAUAAUUAUCAUGAUUUGGACUGGAAUCAUAUUCAUUCCAAUGAGUCAGAAAUUUCACUUCAUUCUGAAGAAAGGAUCAUACAGGAGAUGGUGAUCUAGAAGCAUUUUAGGGGGAGAAAAUGGCUGAAUGUUGUAAAAAGAUUAUAAAAUGUCUGAUAUGCUACAUUUCAAGAUGAAACUUAAAAAAGGAGAAGCUCGACAUGAGCCCUGAAAGAUAGGCUUCGGCAGGGCUUAUACACCUCCCUCGCCGUAAAUGAGCCGAUGAUUGCAGGUUCGACCUGAUCUUCCUGCUGGUUGAUCCUCAGGACGAGAUGCACGACCGUCGCCUCGGCAACCAUCUCGUCUCCCUCUACUUUGCAGCCGACGGCGAGCAGCAACGCGCCGAGAAACUCGACAUGGCGCUCCUCCGCGACUACAUAGGUCAGACUUCUUUUGCAGUCUGCCGCAUAAUAAUGAGCCUUCAUACAUCAAAGCUCUCCUCAAAUGACCUUUUUUUUGGUUGGAUUGGCUUCUCACCUCAUUAAGUCUUUGCGUUGUUUGAAAUUUGGCGUUGAGAUGCUUGUUUUUAUUUUAGAUCUUCCGCAUUAAAAGACAAAGAAGGCAUUUUGUACUGAAAAAUAGUUCAAGUUUAGCGUUUUGAAGUUUUUUUUUUCCUUAAUUGUUCAAGGCUGCUUCGCUUUUAUAUAGGAGCUAUGAAAAGCUCUCGUUUCUGAUUGAAAUAGUGCGAAUAGUUUUUUGUUUUUACCUUUCCAAAAUUCAAAUCCGUUUGAAGCUUGAAAUUCCGUUUUAGUAGAAGAAGAUAUGGUAAGGCACAAUUUUUUUUAACCAGAUCUUUUAUGUGUCUGAAAAAAUAUACCGAAGGAAAAAACUUCACCUAGUGAUUUUUCCGUUUCAUGGAUUGCUCUUUUAUUAGAAUUUCUAUUAUUUUCAAAAAAACUUCUUCCAUUCAAUCGCACUUCAAGCAAAAAAUUGCUUGAGGAAGUUAAAUCCUGUCAAAAUGUCUCCCAAUUUCGCUUCGAACCCCGCGUAAUCUGAAACUGAGCUAUGAGCUCUUUCUAUGGCUUUUGGCUUCGGAUUCAGAGGCCCAUUUCAUUACAUUCCUCGUUCAUUGGUUUUGACUCGGCGUCGAGCAAAAUGUGUGCACGCCAUUUCCACAACAUAACGAAAAGGAUCCAUUCUUUUUCCAGCCUACGCCAAGGCGAACGUUCAUCCGAAGCUCGAUGAGAAGACGUCCCAACACUUGAUCAACAAGUAUCUGCGCAUGCGACAGGUCUCUUUUCGAAUAAGAUUACGACCUCAUUUAUAUAAAAAUAACUAAAAGAAGUUCUUUUAUUUUAAUGACAAGGGAUUUCAUUAAAAUUUAAAAAUCUGCAAAAAAAAGGCAGUGAAAAAGUACUAGUUUCAAGAAUUCGCUAAAUUUUUAGGAAAGCUGUAAAGUGCACUGAAUUCAACCAGGAAAAUUUUCUCCCUACCAGUGAGUCGAGAAAUAAGUUUUUUCCAAGGGCUCACUAAGGAAAUAGGAACUUUUUGCUGCUCCUGAGGCUUCGUUACUCGUUAAAAAAGCGAAAGCCGUGUUGAAAAACUUUCACUUGGAAUAAUUGUGUUCCAAAUAGAGUACGUCACUGCUAAAUUUCAGCAAGUUUGAAAAAAAAGAAAACAUGGACUAUCCUUGCAAUGUAUAUUAAUCUUUAUUGUUAUAACUGGACUCGUUUGCAGGCAGGUGCGCAGCAUGGCCAGAUCUCGGCGUACCCGCGACAACUAGAGUCGCUGAUCCGACUGUCCGAGGCACACGCCAAGAUUCGCCUCUCCCAGGAAGUUACGGUUGAAGACGUCGAGAACGCCUACACGUUAGUAUCAUCUCGGAGAGCUCCCAAGGUUCAAAGUUCAGACUUUAUCGCGAAGCUCUCAAACAGUCGGCCGUCGAUCCGGCGACUGGGCGUGUCGACGUCACGAUUCUGGCCGCCGGCAUGAGUGCCACCAGCAGAAAAACUGUCGAAAUGGUGAGCAAACAUGAGCAAUGGGGAAGUCGUUUGAUAGGAUAACAUGAUGUGAAGCGGAUUUAAUUAUAAAAAUCCUUUUCAGAAAAUUUUUGGCGGUUUAGGUUGGAACUUCAAGUGUUUUCUCAUGAGUUCAUCAAAAAUUAAAAUAAAAAAUUGAAUUCUCAGGUCACGGAAGCGAUCGUGAAACAACUGGAAGCAACUAAGGGAUCGACGACGACGGCGAAAAAUCUCUACGCCGCUAUCCGCGCUGAAAAAGUAAGCUUAUUGAACAAUAAAAGGUUCUUCUCUAAAUAAUGAUGAUUUGUUGCAGAACUGCACGCGCGAGGUGUUUGACGAGGCUCUGAACGAGCUGACGAAGAAGGAGACGAUCAUCCGCACCGGAGAGCGGAUCCGUUUCCUCUCUCCCACAAACUAA